AGCGGAAACGGCGUGGAGCACCUCUGAGGCGGCGGGAUGAACGCUCCUCCGGCCUUCGAGUCGUUCCUUCUCUUCGAAGGCGAGAAAAAGAUCACCAUCAACAAGGACACCAAGGUGCCCAACGCCUGCCUGUUCACCAUCAACAAGGAGGACCACACGCUGGGGAACAUCAUCAAGUCGCAGUUACUGAAGGACCCUCAGGUGUUGUUUGCAGGGUACAAAGUCCCACACCCCCUAGAACACAAAAUCAUCAUCCGAGUCCAAACGACACCAGAUUACAGCCCCCAGGAGGCCUUCACCAACGCCAUCACGGAUCUGAUCAGUGAGCUGUCCCUCCUGGAGGAGAGAUUCAGGGUUGCCAUCAAAGACAAACAGGAAGGAAUCGAGUAAAAUUAUCACACUAAGACGGGACUGUACUUCUGAUGAAGAGCGACGUGUCUGUGUGUUGAAUGCUUUAUUUAAACCUUCAUUCAUGGCAAUUACUUCCUUCUCGUCCCACUUACUUUUGGCAGCAGUAUGGGGAGGGGAGGUUUGUAUCUGACAAGUCUCGUUUGAUUUGAUGGCUUAAUUCACUAAAAUGGUUUUUACUUUUCUAAUUGGUCACUUAAUGCCACUACGUGCACUCAGCUGUAGCUCAACUGGACUGCACUUUGAGAAUGAGGCGAUGCUGAGUGACAGGAGCAGAUCACAUUCCUGGUUUCCCAUUUCAAGUGUAGAUUCUGGCAGCACAGAUUUGUUAUUUUGUUUUAUUAAGUGUCAUUUCUAUAAAACAAAUGCACAAAUUGUGUAAACUUACAGAAAAAAACCUGAAUAACUGGAUGCAUUUAAUGAACUCUUUACCUUUUGCACGUAA